UAUCAUUAUAUGGCAUGGCUUUCAAAGUGAUCCAUUAUUUCAGUUUCAGAAUAAUUUAAGACACCGUAUUAAAAGCUUUGAAAAGCAUGCCACAUAAUAAGCAUGCCACUUACUAUUUUAAGGUCUAUCAAUAUGGAUUGUGUUCAGCAGGACUUUAUUAAUAGUUAUAGUCUAAUGGAAGGAUUGAAAUACUGGCAGUGAGCAGUCUUCCUUACUUUGUGCACAAAAUGCAUAGCUGCCGUAAAAGCUUAUUUGUUCAUGUUCCCCAAAUAGCCCGCAGAUGAACUUUUAAGCUCCUCUUUCUCCUCUUGCUCAGAGUGAUAGACUAUCCCAUGUUACCACUAUGUCUUCUUCCUGUCUACUGAGAGGGAUCCGAUGAACUCCGGGCAGGUGGAGAAGGCUACUCGCUCUGCUUGCUGGGAUGGGGCAGAUGCUAGAGUAAGGAACUUCGUGGGGCAAGAGCAGUUUGCUAGCCUGGUUGGGAAGGGGACACGCCCUAGCAUCUGGGCUUUCCAGCCUGUAGGUGCAGCUCAGUGGCACAGAAUUGAUAGUGAUACUUGGAAGUCCAGGCGCCUGUGGAUGUGGGACCAGGUAAGUCUGUCAGCAGGACCUCACACACAGGAUCAAGGUUUAGAGGCCAGGACCCUCAGCCCUAGGGAAGUAAGAAUGGUAUGAAUAAAGAUGGCUAGGCCAAGUGCCAGAGGAUAGGCUCAAGGUCAUAAACUCCACUGAGCGCAGGCAAGGGGCGGGCCCUGGGGAAAAGAGGACACAGCCUGAGAGCCAGGCAGGGUCCCCUACUGUGCAUGAACAGAGUUUUACAGUCAAACAAAAUGUACAUAAACUAAUCUGGCUAAAAUUCCUAACACAGUAUUCUCUGAAAAUUAAGCAUUAAAAUCUAGUUAGCAUAAAUUUUUAGUCAUUUGCAUAUUUAUAUAGUCAGUUUUUUAAGAUGUUAACGGUUUUUCAGUGUUGCAGAUUAUGGGGUUUUUUUUUUUCCUUUUCUACUUCAUUGUCAUUUUUGAACCGCUUUUUGAUGAAACUGGUUUAGCAGCUCGAAAAAAGAAAAAAGUUUUUCAGUCCUUUGAUGGAGCCAACUACAUUUAUGUAGAUUUUCUCCUUUUUUAUUUUUCUUUUAUCAGUAAUCCCUCAGACAUUUUUUCUGACAUUUUCAACAUCAUCCUUACAUUUUAAUUUCCCAUAAAGAACAUCCUCUUCCAAGAUUUUGAAUAUUCCUUUUUCUUUCCUGUAAAACUUCAUUGGCUAUUUCCAAACGAUAAGUCGGAAGGGAUGCAGGCUGCGUGCGCACAAGGAGCUGUGGGACAGAACAUGUGAAAGCAGAUAUGUUCUGAAAAUCUGGGCCGAUGGAGCGCACCCCAGCUAUGUCUCCCUGCCUGUCGGGCCACCUGCAGGCCCCUGCUAGUAUGUGUCCACAUGUUCCUAGCUUUCAGCAUCCCCUGACAGAAACUGGAGGGACCCCCACCCAGGUGGUUGUGAUGCUCCCCACGUUUCUCCUCUGCCGUCUGAGCAAACAAACAGCCUCCUCCUACAGGGUUUGUCUUCUGAGCCUGCUUUAUGCUGAUGUGAAAUUGCAGAAACACCAAAACAUGUUUACCUGCUGUUCUGAUUUCUGAAAUCCCUUAUCAAGACUAUAGUCAUGGUCAACAAAUAUUUAUCAAGUGUCUGCUACAUGCCAGGAUGCUGACCAGGUGCUGGGGGGUGGAAAGAUGAAUAAUCGUCUCCCUGCAGCUGAAUUUAGAAUCCCCGGGGGUGGGGGAGACAGGUCAUCUCAAGGAGAGUGUCACAGUCUGUAUUAGAGGUAAAAGGCACCCCCAGGCAUAACAUUGUGAAGUUCUUUCUCGUUCAAGUUAAAUCGGUCUAGGAAUGUAAUUACCAAAUCUCUUCUGACUGGGGUGGCCUGGGCAGUGUAUGUAUCCUCUGGAGGUGGAGGAGGGAGUGGCCACCCCGACUUGACAUUUUUGCCUAGAGUUAAUCCUAUUUACUCAACUAUAGGAAUACAUAGAGGUGGUGGUUUCCAGAGGUGGUUGUGACCUGCAGGGUUACACGGGCAUAACUUAAGGACAGAGUAAUGGCAAAUACAGAGCCUUCCCUGGACUGGGCUCUUUUUCAUGAUACAGCUUAAUGCUGCUCAAGAUUUUGUGUGUGUGUGCAUGUACACACACACACACACACACACACACACACACACUUAUAUCUUCUCGUAUAGCACAGUGCUAGCCUGUAUUUCAAGUGCACUUUAUUUUGAGAUGGCUUAAAACUAAUUCUCUGCAUGAGCUUUUGUAACUACAUAAAACCUUCUCUCCUCGUCACUUUUGUUUGAACAUGUGCUGUUUCUGCUUUCCCAUUUGCAUUUGUAGACAGACACAGUAGGAGUGCUUGGAGAGUUCAAACAUGGAACCUAGAUGAUGCUGUGUUCGUCAUUUUAGUAGUAUCAGUCAGUUAACCCUAAAUGAAUGGAGGCAUGUGCUCCAGGUGUUUGUGGUCCAUUCGUGUGAACAUUUUUAGAGUUGAUGUCUGGCGUUUUUGUUGUCACCCCAGGAAUAUAAGAAGUCAGUAGUCAUAAAAACAGCCCCUCACAAUUUGGGAAAUAGGCAAUUUUCAAAUUGGGCUGACCUGUGAAUCACUUACUUUAUACCUAGCCAGAGCACCAGUAUUUUAGAAAUGUUUCAUACCAAAAAACAAAGCCAAGAAAAGCUCUAAAAGCCAUUAAAGUCUUGAUAAAGCAAUCUUACUUGGUAUUCACAUAUCACUGAUUUCUUUGCUCUCUCCCAAGCACCAUUGCUUCCCUUGUAAAUAGUUCCCCUCACACAUCCUGUUUGCAAAUACUAAGAUCACCCUAUGUGAUGAAAAUGGAAAUACUUGAUAUGCCACCCAUGUGUAUGUUUUUAGCUUUUUAUUUUGACAAGACUAAUCUUAGGGGGGAAGAAUCCUCCAUGUACUUUUUUAAAGGAAAUGCUGACUUCUAAGUCACGGAUCAUUAAAAGAGAGGUUUUAAAAGAGAAGAAAAAAAUUUUUACUUAACAUGACAUUUAUGUUCUAUAAAAUAAAUAACCAAGAAAAUAUUUCAGAAUUGGAAAACAAAAUUUGAUUGUCUCUUCCUUCUCUCUGGGUACUCUAGAGAAUGUAAUAAAACAGCCAUACCCAGGCUCAAGGUGGCCCACAAGGAACAUCCUAAUUGUACAGAGAGAGAACUGAUGUUGGGAUUUGUGGGUUCCACUUUGGAAUCCAUUGUUUUUUUCCUGUUGGUUCUUAAAAACAAACAGGUCGGCUUUUUCCCUUCACUUGUCUGUUGGGUUUUAUUAUUUGUACAUUAAACAUACUUUCUACAUAUGAGUAUGGCUAAAUUUUAUGCUAAGUGUCAAAAGGGGUGUGCUAGAACUACGUUUUAAUGAACUGCUCAGAAGUUGUAAACAUCGAGUACAGUCAUUCAAAACAGGCAGAGUUAUUUUUACUAGUUUUAGUUAACUAUGACGUCUAUAGGAAAACAAGUACUGUAGUUGUCAGUAUUUGGGGUACAAAAUGUGUUAAUCAGGUACCUACUUAAAGCUUUGGUGGGUCAGGCACAAUCCCAGCUCUUUGCCCUGUCUCCUGCUUCUUUCUGUCCUCUUGAGGCAUCAGCAGCCCCAUCUCACCAUCUGACCAUCCUGCUAUAUCCUUCCUGCUGUGUGUCAGGCAUGGGUGCAGGUACCAGGCAUAUUUUCACUUGAGCAGUUUUUAUUAGGAAUGGGGACUGGAUCGAUAUUACCUACUUGUACUGAUUCCUUAGCAGCGGAUCAGUCUGAGAAGGCUUGUUCUCUGAAACAAAUAAUUUUAGACUUUACAACAGUUGCUGCUGUUUUAAUCUAAGCCUUUACAAAUAGCCGGUAAGUUUCAAAAAUACCUUGUUAGUGGCUUAGUUUGUUGGACCAAAUUGUAUCCAUACCAUUAUUAUGUUUUACUUGAACAUAGGUACGUAUAUUCUGUCCUGUGUCUGUUAUGGUGAUUGAGCAAGCCUAUAGUUCAUUUUGAUGCUGGAAAGCACAUGCCCUGCUUUAAUUACUUUCAUUCAUUCAAAAUAAAUAAAUAAGUAAAACUUUACUUUUAGGGGAAAGAGCAGUGAAUAAAUAAAACUGACAGAGAUCCUGCCCCAAUGCCGCCUACAGUCUGUUUUUAAUAGUCUUGCAAGAUAUACUUCUCUUAUUUUCCAUUAAUAAGGGAUUCUACACACCUACAGAAAUGGAAUGCAGUGAAAAUUUCCACAUAACAUUCCUGAUCAAAAAAGUGUGCUGACUAUGCCAUUGCCCUUACUUCAGUAUUGGUCUGCUAUUCCUUGUUAAUUUCUUUCACUUCUUAUCUGAAGCUCUGUUAUGUUUUGUACAUGUGAAUUAAAGUAUUGACUAUUGGUAAGUUUCCUUUUGCAAGCUACCUAUUUAUAUGAAAAACAUGUUUUAAGCAAAUGUUGACAUUUUCUGCAUUGUUUACUCAUGGUGUUUUAUGAUUAGCAUAUGGGAGCAUAAAUAAAGCUUUGAUUAUCGAUGGCAUUUGCCCUUAAUUAUCAAAGUGUGUGUUUGACUUUUAACCUAAAUACGAACAAAUUAUUGAUGCAGGUAAGUGUCCUAAGAAUUCACAGCUGUUAGAUGAGUGACUGUGGAAUUGCACGUAUAGAAGCAGUACAGGGCUGUUCUUACGCCAGCAUUGUCAUAGGAAUUUGUUUUAGUAGACCCUCUGAUGUAUAAUUCAUUUUUGCUUGUUAUGUUUCUGUGUGAGUCACUGUUCUAGAAUGUAAAACAUAGGAUGAUGAACAUGUGUGUGUGCACACACACACAGUGUUCCCUUUACUUCCUGUUUUUAUGUAUGCGAAGUUGCCCUAGAAAAUAAAUGUGUGUUUCCGUACCAGCAAAAACUGGAAGGGCGUCCUGAAGUGUUGUGACUUUCUCAGAGUGAGUUGAAAUGGGUAUAUGGGUAUAUUGCUUCACAAUUAUUAGAUCAAGGCAAAGAAUUUGAAUCGUUUGAAAAGCAUAAUAACUGCUCUUUGACACAUAAAAAAGAAAGGUGAGAGAAGACAUUUUGUUGUAGACUUUUCAGAAAAUAGUAGUUACUUUUUAGAAGUCUUUCUUACUUCUAUAAAAAAGAACACAGAUCAGUUUAGUUGACAUUUUAGUUAGGAUUACAUAAAUGCAAAUGGUAUAUUUUUCAAUGUUUAUUUUAUCAAGCCAUAUAAUAAUGAACUCUAACUGGCUCCUGGUUUCCUUUGUUUGGGGAAAUAAUUAGCAGCCCUUUGAAAUUAUUGGGUCACUCAUAAAAACUCAAAAUAGUUAGAUUGAAGUUAGGGAAAUUAACUGUGACUUUGGAAUUAUGUUCUGCGAUAAAAUGAAUGAAAAUCUUGGCUUUAUUUAUUGUUUUAUUUCAGGCUAAAGUAUAGGUAAUUUUGUAGACUAUACUAGUAUUUCAAAUCAAGAUAGAAAUUUUAAACUAUAUUGAAAUGCUUCAACUCUAAAGUUUUUAUUAUAAGUGCCAUUGAAGAAUAAGCAUCACUGAAAUUUUUAUGAAUUAUUUGAGAUGCAAUAAAAUUGAUUUGGUCAGGAAAAAUACAAAAAUGUAUUGUUUACUAGUCAGCUUCUAUAUUUGUUUCUGCCCAAAUCACUGUCCACUCAGAUAGAUAUGCUAGUUUUUUAACUGUUACAUAAAUUACUUAAAAUUUACUUUGCAAACUGUCUUUAUUAAAAGAAGCAAAGUCUUAUAUUUGUUUCCUUUUGCGGAUCAUAUUGGCAGUUCCAACAGAGAAAAUAGACACUGUUCCCUGUUCUUGUCUUUUAAAUGUAAUAUGGGAUUUAUCCACUUGCGUAAUGGUUUGCCAACCUACCCUUCUCCUAGAAUGCAGCCCUGUAAGAGUGGAAAAAGGAAUUUUUAAGGCUUAUGCCCCUUCUUGACCACAUACAUGCUGUCAGGAUAGUCAGCUUCUAUGAGCCUCUCACAUUAAAAUGGCAGUGAUGAUAAAUGCACCCACCUCUCAGGUCCAUUGAAUUUUCCAGGGAGGCCAUAGAGAUGAAAACACUCUAUACUUGCAGGGUAUUUAUAUUAUUAAAAUAACACAAUACACAAAGCAGGCUUUCAUGUUCUUAACUACCCUACCAAAACCUCAGUAUGUGCCCUGGGCAAGUAAGUAUUUACAAAGUUAAUUUUAUUAUUUUACAAUUUUGAUGUGCGGAAUUCAGUUCUUCCAUUUAUGCAUGUCCUGUGCUUUACAAACGAAUGGAGCUUUUGCUUUAACUUUUUAAAUAUCUUUUAUGAGUCUGAAUUUGUAUUUUUCUUGUUUUUUCAACUAUGAGAAUAAUGCUGCUUUCAAAUGUACCUCUAUUACUUUUGUAAUGAUGCUUGAAUGUUCUCUAGUAAAUAUUGUAUUUACACAUCAAAUUUUUUAAAGUAUGUGAAUAUUUGAUAUUAGGAGAAAUUAAUUAGAUUUGUGUUUGGAACAUUAUGUAAAAUUGUUUCCGUUUAGCUUGUCAUUGGUGAAUCCUUUUAUUAUUGUCCUUUAACCAUUUGAUUUAUAUUAUCCCCCUCAUGCUCUUACAGUCGUGAGUUCUGAACAUUCAACUUUAAAAUAUUCAGAGCUUAUUAAUUUCUUUGUGCCCUGUAGUCUCUACAAUUGAUAAUACUAUAGUUGUUUUUUCUGCCUUUUGACCAUUCUUUUCUCAUUUACUUGUACAAUCAGGAAUUAUUAACAGAUUUUUUUCUCUAUGCAUGUUCUUAGUUAACUGAAGAUCAUGCCAAUAGGCAUUUUUUACAGAUAUUUUAAUAUUUUUUCAACAGUGAUCUUUUAAAACCCAAUGAUGCUUUGUUCCUGAUACCUCUGCAGCAAACCCGUAUAUAAUUUCCCUUGCAUGGUUUUGAAAUCUAAAGAGUGCAGAGUUAUUGCUCCAUUUUAGCAAUCCUUGCAGCAUUCUGGGAAAUAGAUCAGCAGGUGUUGCAGGUAGCAAAAAGUGCAGCUCAGAGAUACCCUCCUUGCACAAGUAUGUGUCCCGUGGGCAGAUGAGUGCUUACUUCAGGAGUCUGCUCUUUUGAUAAGGUUCCAGAUGCACUGACUUUGUCUGUUCCAUAAUAUUAUUAAAUUUAAUGAAAUUUUGAUCAGUUUCAUUUAAAGAUAGUAACCCUAAUAUCCAUUUCUCUCAGUAGGCAAGUUAGAUUUUAAAAAAUUAAAAAUUGAAUUUGGGAAAGAAGCGGGAGUCAUUCAGCAUCACAAAAUGCCAUUUAUAUAGGUAAUACUACUUUACUUUUUGUUUCUGCAUUCAUUUGGUCAUGUAAGUGUGCUUAGAACUAAUAAAAAUUUGCAACUGGUGAAAAUUAAUGCAUGACUUACCAGCAGAGUAUGGAAUGUAAGCAUGUGCCAUGAAAUUGCAAUUCUUUUAUCCUUUAUUUUCCUUCAUUUACAUACUGAUUCCAUUUAGAGUGUAGUCCAUUCUUAUUCUUUGUUUCACAGAUUGGCCAAAAUGGGAAGGACUGGAUUCCGCUCUCUUCCACGAAGAGUCAAUGGGACUGGCUAAGAUCAAGGUCUGAGGCUUUUUCCAUCUGUCAUCAGUCCCUUUUUGCUUUCUUUUACGACCACAUGAAACUUGAGAAGCCACCUAAAGCUAAAUCAUUUAGUGGAGUUGGGCAGUUCCCAAGUGUCCAACAAGAAGGCCUGCUUUAGGCUGCGAUGGCCACUGUCAUUCCUGGUGAUUUGUCAGAAGUAAGAGAUACCCAGAAAGUCCCUUCAGGGAAACGUAAGCGUGGUGAAACCAAACCAAGAAAAAACUUUCCUUGCCAACUGUGUGACAAGGCCUUUAACAGUGUUGAGAAAUUAAAGGUUCACUCCUACUCUCACACAGGAGAGAGGCCCUACAAGUGCAUACAACAAGACUGCACCAAGGCCUUUGUUUCUAAGUACAAAUUACAAAGGCACAUGGCUACCCAUUCUCCUGAGAAAACCCACAAGUGUAAUUAUUGUGAGAAAAUGUUUCACCGGAAAGAUCACCUGAAGAAUCACCUCCAUACGCAUGACCCCAACAAAGAGACGUUUAAGUGUGAAGAGUGUGGCAAGAACUACAACACCAAGCUCGGCUUUAAGCGUCACCUGGCCUUGCAUGCCGCGACGAGCGGCGACCUCACCUGCAAGGUCUGCCUGCAGACUUUCGAGAGCACGGGAGUGCUGCUGGAGCACCUUAAAUCACACGCCGGCAAGUCGUCCGGCGGGGUGAAAGAGAAAAAGCACCAGUGCGAGCAUUGCGAUCGCCGCUUCUACACCCGGAAGGAUGUCCGGAGACACAUGGUGGUGCACACGGGAAGGAAGGACUUCCUCUGUCAGUAUUGUGCACAGAGAUUUGGGCGGAAGGAUCACCUGACUCGACACAUGAAGAAGAGUCACAAUCAAGAACUUCUGAAAGUCAAAACCGAACCGGUGGACUUUCUGGAUCCAUUCACCUGCAACGUUUCUGUGCCUAUAAAAGAUGAGCUCCUCCCGGUGAUGUCCUUACCUUCCAGCGAACUGUUGUCAAAGCCAUUCACAAACACUCUGCAGUUAAACCUCUAUAACACUCCGUUUCAGUCCAUGCAGAGCUCGGGACCUGCCCACCAAAUGAUCACGACUUUACCUUUGGGAAUGACGUGCCCAAUAGAGAUGGACGCUGUCCAUCCUUCUCACCACCUUUCUUUCAAAUACCCAUUCAGUUCUACCUCAUAUGCCAUUUCUAUUCCUGAAAAAGAACAGCCACUAAAGGGGGAGAUUGAGAGUUAUUUGAUGGAGCUGCAAGGUGGCGGGCCUUCCUCAUCCCAGGAUUCCCAAGCAUCAUCAUCUAAACUAGGGUUGGAUCCUCAGGUCGGGUCCCUGGAUGAUGGUGCAGGGGACCUCUCCCUGUCAAAAAGCUCUAUUUCUAUCAGUGACCCCCUAAAUACGCCUGCCUUGGAUUUUUCCCAGUUGUUUAAUUUCAUACCCCUCAACGGCCCUCCCUAUAAUCCUAUCUCAGUGGGGAGCCUGGGAAUGAGCUAUUCCCAAGAGGAAGCACAUUCUUCUGUGUCUCAGCUGCCCCCGCAGACACAGGAUCUUCAGGAUCCUGCAAACACUCUAGGUCUCGGCUCCCUGCACUCCCUGUCAGCAGCGUUCACCAGUAGUUUCAGCACCAGCACCACACUGCCACGUUUCCAUCAAGCUUUUCAGUAGGCGUCCCAGACGUGGACUGAUCACAGAAACCUAUGUGUAGCCCUGCCUUAGAGGACCAUUUUUAUUUUAGUGCCUACUUUAAAACCGCAUAAAAACUUCUGCUUUUGUACAGUACCAAUUUUCAUUAAGCCAGUAUGAAAUAGAAACAAGCUUUAUAAACGAGCUUUGGAACCAUUUGCGUUCAGUUAUGUUUACCUGGUAUUUUGUCCACACUCACUGCCAAUUGUCAUAUUUUAAGAUGCUUUUUCCUCUAGGAAAGCCAUUAUUAGCAGUAAAGUCUUACGAGUCCCACAUUCAAAUUGCUUUGAGAUCUUAAAAUUUUCAGUUCUGUCCAAUAACAGUGGCUCUAGCUUUUGACAUUUGUCUCAUUAAAGAUGUUUGCAACAGAAUGUACAUUUUCUAAAAUGUAUAUGAAUAACCUGAAAGUUUUUACAUUUUUACUCCUCUCUAAAUGGAUUCAUAAGCAAAUGUUUUCAGAUGAAUUCAGAAUCCAGUCUGGGGAGAUAAUAGAUGUUUCUUAGAUAUACCAUAAUUUCAGGUCAGUAUAUUUUGAAGACUUUGCUGUUGUCUGGCUCAAAUAUUUGCCGUCUAUAUUAUGCACAUACAAGGAAAACAAAACCUAAACACAAAGCACCAGUAUUUAUAGCAAAAAAGAGACUCCUGGUGAGGUGACACGCAUUCCAUGUUACUCCGUAGUUGGCCUUAAACUUGUAUGCAGGAUGUUUUGCCACAUUGCAAAGUCGCUCUUUCCAGUUUAAUAGUGCUCAUUGUGUUACAGCAUCCGAGUCUUCAGAGUCAGUGUAUGGCUAGAUCUCUUUAAUCAUUUCCACCUCUCAUGGCCAAAGGGUGGGUCAGGUGCAGCCAGCAAUUCUGUUUUAGUUGUCAGUCCACAGUUCAGAAUCGAAAGCCAUUGUGGAACCACAGAUGUCAGGGGUGUUUAUCCCAGAGUGGACUGUCUCUUCUUCUGUGGCGUGAUAGUCUCCUACGAAGAUAGAUGUGAAGCCCUUGGUUCUUGGGAACUUGUCUAGGGACCCUGUCCCUUGUUGCCAGGGUUGGAAACUAGACUCUUGAGGAGUAAAGGAAAAGCAUAUCGCUCACAUCAAUUCUUGCUGAAUUUAAUACAGUUUUCUUUCCCAUAAGAGCCAAAAGCAGAAAACAAAACAGCCCUACCCCCCAUGGUAUCUUUCUUAUUCAGUGUUGAUUUAUCUUUCCUUGCUAUUUUCAGAUGGAGACUUUAAAAUUAAAUGCAUUAGAAAGCUAUUUGAGGAAUGACCACAAAGUUCUAAGCAACUAAAAAUAUAUACAGUAAAACCCCACUUUUACACGUCUCUGGGAAAUUGGGGGAGAGCUGCAAAUCCGUUAAAUUUCUAGAGGGGGGAGAAAACUAAAGCUGAAUAAGCACUGUCUUAGGUAAUGUGAAAGUAACAAUUAAGAAUAUUGUGUUCACUGAAUAAAGUAGUUAUUGUGGACUUUCCUCAUAUUAGACAACCACCAUAGCCUUUUUGAAGGUGAAAUUAUACUUUUCUAAAUAUUGGUUGGGACAUCAGCCUAUGAAACAUAUCUAUUAAGCACUUAUUUUGGGACCCUGUCUUUUGGGGUGGGUAUGAAGGGGAAGGUUUAUAAAAGAGUAUAUAUCUCUUAAAAAAAAGGAAAAAAAAAAAAAGAAAAAAUAUUUGAGCACUCAUUAGCCCUAUACGGAAGCUUCUUUUUUCAUUUGUAGGGCCAAUUAUCACUGCAGAUUGUGAUGUUUACCAAGAAUUUUUAAAAAUGAGUGCAGAUUACUGAAUAUAAUACAUUAUUUAAAAUAUUUGGGAGUAGUAUAAUUUGUGGAGAAAUGUAAAUUGUAAUAAUGUAAAUGGGGGUUUCACUAUAUAUAUUAUACAUACACACACACACACACACACACACACACACACACAUAUCGCACUUCAUAGAAUCAGAGUUGCUCUCUUAAGGGAGCUUUGGCUCCUGAUAUUUUAUCAUGCUCCUAUUUUUUUUUUAAUUCUAGGAGCAGUAGUUUUUAUACUUAUGUAUUUA